CAAAAUGGAGACUAAAGGACAACUGCCCCCGGAAUAUAUUCCCCCACAACAACCUCAACAACAACCGGGGUUCACCCCACAACAACCGCAAGUAAUCACCCAACAGUAUGUUGUUAACCAGCCAUAUCCGACAUAUGGCAAUCAAGGAUAUGUUGUACAACAAGGUUACCCUGUCCAAAACCAAAUUAUGUACACAGGUGGGCAACCAAACGUUGUCGUCACACAACCAACCUCAACCGUGGUUGUUAACCAAAGACCAAGUGACUAUUUGGCCUGCUCCUUGUUGACCUGUUUAUUCUGCUUCUUUCCAACUGGAAUUGUUGCUCUUGUCUUUUCUUGUAAUUCUAAGCAGGCCAGCGACAGAAACGAUUUCAUCAAGGGCAGAAGCGAUGGAAAUAUUGCCAAGAUUUUUUCAAUCAUCAGUCUGUGUAUUGGUUUACUGGGUGUUAUUGCUUUGGUCAUUUUCCUCAUAGUUUAUUUUGUGGUUAUUCUGCCCUCUUUGAAUUCUUAUAACAAUAACUAUGAUAAUUAUAACUAUAAUAACUAUUAAGUAACCCUGUUUCUUUGAAAAUAUUUCAAUAGAUUUUAUGGUAGCUACAUGUAGCCCAAUGUUUAUGUUUUACUGUUACAAAUUUAAUUUAUUUCUCAUAAUUCAUUAUUAAUGCUGAUGAUGUUGAUGAUGAUGAUAAUGAUGAUGACGAGGAUGAUGAUUAGUUGAUAAUUAAAAUCUCCCACCAGUUUUGUUUUUCUGUUGUUUUUCUGAAUUCAACUUGCUUCUUAUGUUCAAAAAUAAAACUGUUUUUCUACGC